GGAAACAUCCCUUUAAGUUGUAGCUCUAAAAUAACACAAUUGGUGUUUUUCAGUUUUUAUAAUUUAUAUAGUUGAACCUAAAAACUAAUAUUCUUCAUUAGCUUAUUUAUCCAUAAGUAAUGUUUAGCAUAUUUCUAAAAUUUUCUUUGCAAUCUGCUUUUUAAAAAAAGUUUUAGCAUUCAUACUUACAUUAUCUAAAUUUAAAACAUAAAACUCUGGAAUUAGCUAUGAUUAUAUACAUAUUACUAUAUUUAAUUUAAUAUGGACAACAACAAUAAUAAUAAUAAUAAUAAUAAUAAUAAUAAUAAUAAUAAUAAUAAGAUUAUUUAUAUAACAAAUGCAAUGAUUUAGUCCUGAAUGAUGAUCCAUAUUUGAUAUUUUGUGUUCAUAAAUGUAUAUAUAUAAAAUAGUAUGCAAUAAAUAGCCACGGCUACAAUACACUUUAUAUCAAUCUUCUUUUUCCCUUUUAUGUGUUGAAUUAAUGUGUUGAAUAAAAUAAUUCUAAAUAAAUACCCACAGAGCCAAAAAGACACAGAGUGGGAGAAGAGGAACGUUGCAAAGACACUAAUGAAUAAGCUAAAUUUGAAAGAAAAUGUUAAAGUGCAACAUCGAAUUUACUAUUCUUUCCCAAAUGAAAACGAGCAUGAAAAUCACAUCACAGGAGAAGGAUCAGGUGUACGAAUACCAGUAGACAAAAGAAUUAUUCAAGAGGUAAAGAGACAAGUCCUUAAUGGAGUACAGAGAGUUGGUGAGAUGAAAAGACACUUAAAGAGGUUUGUGGAUGAAGUUCUAACUCAUGAACUACCACAAAGGCCAAGUCCUUUAAAUAGGCGCUUUUUUCCUGAAAACAAGGACAUAGGAAAUUACAUAUGUGCUGCCAUAAAAGAAAUGAGAUUGAGCAAAUUAGAUCAAGAAAAUCUGGAACUGAACAGUGAAAUUUGGAAAGAUGAAAAUAAUGUUUUUUUCAGGCCACAUCUGAAACAAGAAGAUGAAGAAGUGUUCAUUGAAGAGAAAGAUGACGAUGAAAGCAACUUAAAAUUUGUCCAUACGAAGAACAACUUUUUAUUCUGUUUCCAAAAUAACUUUCAAAGAUCGAUUAUGAAAAAAUAUGGUAAUGAAAUAAGCCUUCUUGAUGCUACUUAUAAAACAUCAAAGUAUGCUCUUCCUCUUUUUUUUAUCUGUGUGCCAACAAACAAUGUGUACCAGGUAGUUGGAUUUUUUGUUGUCCAUUAUGAGACGGAAGAAAGCAUCAAAGAGGCGUUAUCUGUUUUCCAGAACUGGAACCCAGAAUGGCGGCCAAAAUGCUGGAUGAGUGACUUCUGCAAAGCAGAAAUUAAUGCUUUAGAGUUUACAUUUCCAGCAAUUACUACAUGGUGUAAUAAGUCUGAAAACGGAGUAAGAAAAUACAAAGACAAUAUUGAAGAGAUGACCAAACUUCUAGCUGGGGCGAAGACGGAGGAAGAUUUCAACCAAGCACUAGACUCGUUCAAAGAAACAACAUACUGGAAGUGCAACAAAAGGUUAAGAGACUAUUUUGAAAAAGUGUGGCUACCUGAAAAGAAGAGAUGGGUAAAAGCUUACCGACUUGAUAGAUUUCUAACAUCCCUCAACACCAACAAUGGUAUUGAGCGCCAGAAUAGAAUAUUGAAGUAUGACUACCUUCGGGACAAAGUAGACAGAUCUAUCACAUCUGUUUGUCAAUCAAUCAUUGAGGAAUUUCUACCUGAAUCUAUGGUCAAAUACAUUAAGAACAACAUAAAGGCACUGGAGGGAUAUUCAGCCUAUCCACUAAACAUUCCAGAGUUCCUUUUAAGCCGCCCUGCUAAGUUUUAUAAACAUGUGUACAACCGCUGGUCAAAGGCUGAGGCAGAAUACUGCAAGAAAGACAUAGAAUUGAUCAACAAGAGUUUUACAGUACGGUCAGAAACUUAUUAUGGCCAGCAUCACAUUGUUAGCUUUGGCACUGAAGAGAAAAUGCCUUCUUGCACAUGUCAAGACUGGGUGGAUAAUCAUCUGCCUUGUAAGCACUUUUGUGCCAUAUUUAUUCAUAAUAAAGAGUGGCAGUGGGAUCGACUACCAUCCUGGUAUCGAGACAGUCCAUUCUUUGUGAUUGAUCUAGAUGAUGCAAGGCUUACAAAUCAACCACCAAAUAAAAGCCAACAAAUCCCAACGCUUUCAAACAACGGCACUACAGAUGGAUCAUAUGAGUCUGACAAAUGUCAAUUCGACGAUGUCAGGCCACAUAAAGCAUCAGGAACAAGCAAAUUCGCUAAAGAAAACAGGGAAACACUUAAAAAACUGGAGGAGUUGACAUACAAACUGAGCUGUCAUGAUCAACGCCUUCUCAACUCACACCUGCGUCUACUUCUUAGAGAAUUUCAAGAAAAGGUUCCAAAUGAAAGUGGAUUCCUGCUAGAAGAACCUGAACUUGUUGAAAAUUCUAAACGAAAAUCAUCCGCCAAUCAUUAUGGAGAUUUGCCAAUAAACAAAAAAAGAAAAUUUUCUAGGUAUGGAGGACCACCCAAGAAUUUCAUGAUGGAUGGAAUACCAAUGAAUGCUGAACACCAGUCUAAAAUGGAAAAGAAUAAAAUUAGGAAGGUAAAAAGAUAACCAUAUUUUGUCGAUGCUGCGUGUUGUUGCC